AGUUCCCGGAAACCCGAUGACGUAACACCAUGACAUCACUAACCCCUCCCCCUCCCUCUGGCUCUGCACUGCAUUAAAAACGGGGGGGGAAAAAAAUGGACGGCGGAAUUUGCGUAUUCGGGAACGAGACGCAAUACGGCCUCGGCGUAACAGGAAGCGACGCCGUCGUCCGGUAAGACGUGCCGGUAUACCCGAACUCUGUCCACACCUCCGUACCUCAUGCCGUCAACACUCUUUUUCUCCAACACUAAUGGGAAUCUGUUUAUUCGUUAAUAUUUUUUUAAUAGGAAAAAUUCAUUUUUUUGGUUUCUUUUUUAUCAUAUGUAUUAUUCAGCUGUGAGAUUUUAUUAUUUAUAACUCCCCCCCCAUACAUUGAGAAGACCUGAAGGACAACUUUUUUUUAUUUACUGUUUGAAGAAAUUUUUAGCUUGAGGCAAUAAGUGCAAUCAGGGAUCGAUCCACCUGCUGACGUCAAGCUUUUUCAUCUAAAACACCAAAAAAAAACAUCCAUCGAUUCAUCUGCUGUCUGGGAAUCGUCUGAAAGUGCACUGACUUUAUCUUUACUACAUCUGCUGCUCGGUUUUGAAUUCGUAGCAUUAAGGAUUUUUGAAAUCUUGGACAUUUGCGGUAUUUUGUCUGCUCGGACGAAAGAAUACAGCAAGCACUGGCUUCUGCAAAACUUGUGUUUCGUAUCUCCACAAAUAGUUUUUUCUCGUCCGGGAUUAAUGAAGCGGAAUUAACUUCUAAAGCGUUUCGAAUUUUCUGGACGAUCUUCUAUCGGUGACUUCACGGGAACGCGUCGGGGGAAGAGCGCGAUAUUUACGAAACGCGGUUUCUAGUUGAGUCGAGGACGCCGUUUUCCAGCGUGCUACAAGAAGAAUCUGUCGCUAACGUGAAAGUGUUGAUCUUCUGGAAGGAAUACAAAAAACGAGUCGGAAUCCGAAAAUCCUUUCACAACUUCGGAUCGUUUGUCAGUCGAACCCGUUGUCCCCAGAUGGAUUGUGCAUGAGCGAUCGAUAUUGGGGCGAGAAGCGACAACCGUCAGAAUGCGCUCCCCAAGUCCUCGCAGUCCGUCCCCGAACUCGUUCUGCGCCCAGGAUGCUUUGCUGCAGGCUCAGUUCACGGUCUGGAGCGUAGGUGGCAGCUCGGGGGGCAGCUCAGGAGGGAGCAGUAGUGGUGCUGACAGCGGCCCCAGCAGCCCUGCAGGCACCGUUUCGUUACCCUCGAGCCCUUCGUCAAGUACUUACACCCUCACCCUUACCCACACCCACAUCCACGUGCAGAAGAUUUGCCCCCGGCCGGGGAAGGAAGCCCAAAUCCUGCUGCCUCUUUCUGAACUGGCUGGGUGUAGCUGCCCUCGGGCCCCUGCCCCGCCUGUAUUGCUGCUCUAUUGGUACCCGAUGGGACGGCGGCGUCGGGGUGUGGCCAAACGACGGCAAGUGCGUGCUUACCUGGCUGAGAGCAGACCGCAGGCGGAGAACUGGAACAUAGCCGUGCAGUGUCUGCUGAGAGGAAUCGAUGUUGGCGUCUACACAGAAUUAAACAAAAGCUUGUUGCCCCGCCCACGUCGCCUGCUUCUAUUGGUCAAUCCAUUCAGCGGGCGGGGUUUGGCACUGCAGUGGUGUCAGACGCACAUUUUACCGAUGAUCAGUGAAGCCAACAUCAGCUAUAACCUCAUACAGACAGAGCGGCAGAAUCACGCCCGCGAGCUGAUCAGAGAGAUUUCUCUGCACGAAUGGGACGGCAUCGUCAUCGUUUCUGGAGACGGGCUCCUGCACGAGGUGAUUAACGGCCUCAUGGACAGGCCAGACUGGGAGCAAGCAAUUAAAACUCCAGUGGGAAUUUUACCGUGUGGAUCUGGCAACGCACUCGCUGGCUCCAUUAACCACUAUGCAGGAUAUGACAUGUGCCUUCGCGAGCCCCUGCUCAUCAACUGCUGCUUCCUGCUUUGCCGGGGCGGAGUCCGACCCAUGGACCUGGUGUCCGUGACAACUAGCCCUUCUCCUUCGUCUGCGUCAUCCAAUCAGAACGGAUGCCCUUCGCCACCCAAGAAACUUUUCUCAUUCCUGUCUGUAGCCUGGGGCUUUGUUUCAGACGUGGACAUUGAGAGUGAGCGUUACAGAGGGCUGGGUUCUGCUCGCUUCACACUGGGCACAUUGGUGCGUUUAGCAUCUCUGCGCUCCUACAAGGGUCGUCUGUCUUAUUUGCCCCCUGGAGGGACAAAUGCAACCCUGGAAGUGCCCUCACAGACUCCACAUCGACCCCUUUCUCGCAGCAUCACCGAAGGACUAGAGGGAUACUGCAGAAUGCCCAUCCAUCGCACCUGCUCUGAUAUGGGCCUUAGUGAACAGAGGAGCCUACAAAAGGGGGAGAGGGAGAGGGAGAGGGAGGAGAGAAACAGGGAGAGGCAGAUGAGAAGAGGGCGUGGAAGAGGCAGAGGUAGAGGAGUGGUAAGGGCGAGCAGUCUUGCUGAGGACAGAGAGAGAGAGAUGGAGGCAGAGGAGAGGAUGGGGGGAACGUCUGGGUCUAGUGCCAGGUCAAACGGAAAACUGGAGUCUAACGAGGAGGAGGAAGAAGACGACAGUACACAGAAUAUGUUAGAAGAGGGCUAUGAUGUAGAUGAGGGAAAAGAGGCAGAGGAAAAGAUGGAGGGCACAUCUGGGUCUAGUGUGGAGUCAAGUGAAAGACUGGAGUGUGAGAGGAAUGAGAAAUGUUUUGCAAAUAAGGAAGGAGAUGAGGAAAGAUGGAAUGAAAUGGAUGGAACAAGAGAUUUAAAAUAUGACUAUAGUGCAGAUGAAGGAAGAGACGAGGAGGAAGAGGCAUAUUCGAACCCUGACCUACGAAAGGUGGUUCGUAAAAACUCUGCGCCAUCCAGCCAGAUUGCUACUGCCUUCUUUAGCCGGCCAAUCGGAGCAGACUCUGAACAAGAAGCAGAAACACCAGCAUUUGAGAGGGACGGUGGGGACCUGAACGGGACUUUCUUCCCUCGUGGAGCAUUUCCAAUGGACCCUGCACGAGAGCGAGCCCUCACCAUUUCCUCACCAUUCCGUCGUUCACGGUUUUCCCUUUCUAAACCCAAAACUUCAGUGGACCAGAACAAGAACCAGAAACCAAGUGUGUCUAAGCCCCGCCCUCUUUCCCUUCUCCAGCAGUCCAAUUCAAAUUCCCUACCACCCAAAUUCCCCCCACUUUCAUUGUCUUUUUCCACAACUUCUCCUUCCUCACCAUCAAAUAUUGGCCCUCAUACCAGCCUGCCAAGCUCUGCCUCCUCAUCCUCCUUCUCCUUUGACCUUGUGCAACCUAGUGGGCUUCUUAAACCUCGCCCCCCAGUUACCUUCCCUGUUGAUCCACCCCCGCUAGACGACCUCUUGCCACCCCUCGAUCAGCCGCUGCCUACUAGAGAUUGGGUGACUAUUGAAGGUGACUUUGUUCUAGUACUUGCUAUUUAUCAGUCGCAUUUGGGUGCCGAUUUGUUUGCGGCGCCGCAUGCACAGUUUGACGACGGACUCAUUCACCUGACUUUUGUGAGGGCCGGGAUUUCCCGGGCUGCGCUUCUCCGUCUAUUCCUGGCGAUGGAAAGAGGCACCCAUCUGUCUCUAACAUCGCCGUACGUGAGCCAUGUUCCCGCUCGAGCCUUUCGCCUGCAACCUCUGUCGUCACGUGGGACGCUAACUGUGGAUGGAGAACUCGUGCCUUAUGGACCCCUGCAGGCUCAGAUCCAUCCAUCCAUGGCUCGUGUCAUCGUGGGAGACUCAGGAGUGAAGAUCACUAGAUUCUGACCUGAAACGUGGGCGGAUUAUUUUACACACUCUGCAUUGCAUAGUGACUGUGCUGUCCGGCCAUCUUUGAGAGAGAGGAAUAAAUAUAGCCAGCAGCUGUAAUUAAAGCAAUAGCUUUUAACGGGAGGCAUUUCAAAGGGAUGAUUGGAUCACCAAGGAGUUUAAUAAAGUGUUGGACAUUGAGCUAUAUGUGGAAACAGUAACUACUGGUAGUUGAAAAUGGAAUGAGGGAAUCUCUUUACAAGUGAGUUUUCUGCUUGAUUCGUUCUAAUUUUCUUGCCUUUGUACACACACCAGAAAUAGAAUUGGUCUGGAUUUCAAAGAAUCUCCCAUUGUGCAAGAUACCCUGCCCUGUUUACUUUACACAGAUACCUGGUAUCUGCCAUUUUUUUUAUCUCUUGAUUAUUACCCUUUAUCCUGGUUAAUUUAUUAAUAGACACAACACUAAUAGGUUUGUCUCUUUACCACUUCUCCAGGUUCUGCCUCAGAUCAGUUAGGGUCUGUGUCCCGAUUUACCAAACGUCACCAGCUCUAUAAGCAUCGCCCACUUUAUCUUUUCCUGACUCAUCAUCUACUUCUAUCCAGUUUAAUGCCACUUGCCAGACUGCCGAAACUCACAUUCCUAAUCUUUGACCAUGCCGAUGGGGCAAUCUUGCGCCUGACUCCUUGCCGUUCCCAGCCUAGACCCAGGCACCAGUCAGCCAAUCUUUGCCUCCUUUACCGUCCAAUUUACAGCACGGGUUGUCUCUUCAUAGCCUUGUCCCCAGGUUUUACUUUCUACUUUUCUUGUCUCCUAACUUGGGGAUGCAUCUUGAUCUACUAGUUGCCUCAUUCAUUUUUAAACUUGCUGAGGGUCUCCGGGAGGGAGAUGGUAGUUUAGUGGAUACGGAAUUGGACUUUGGGUCCAAAGGUCAUGAGUUUACAUCCAACCAAAACCAAGCUGGCCAUCCUAACCCCAUAGCUGCUCAGUUGUAUGAAGGAUAUAAAUGUAUGUCGCUCUGGAUAAGGGGUUCUUUUCUCUUCCCUCUCCUGCCCUCUUGCCGUCAAACUUCCCACUUCAUACACUACACCUCUUUACCUUGCAGAACCAGUUGUCCCUCAUGAGCUCUGUCUCAGCCACACCCUACUCAGGGAUGUGAUCUGAGGUGACUACCAAUCCUGUACAGGUGGCAAUUUAUAAGCCAGACUGACAUUUGCAGGGGCAACUUAACCGUUCCAAACUUCUCCACACUAUUUCUACUCGCUCAAUUAAAGUUCCAUCCAAACAAUUUAUUUACUUAGUAAAAGCGAUUAGCAUUAACGAGGACCAUAGAUAGAUGUGCAUACUAAACAAUGUCUUAAGUAGCCUAUAAUCAAGUUUAGUCAGGGGGUAUUAGGGGAGUCUAGCUCACUGUUAGGUAUGUGCCAAAUAAUCAGUCGUACGGUUUAUCACGAUAUAUUGUAAAAUGCAUUUUGUUAGCAAGGACACUCAGCUCUUGUAUGGUGCACUACAUCGUUUAGACUCUUGUGUAAGGAAUAUAGAGUUUCAAGUCUGUAUAAUUCAGGAGGCAACGGAAUGACCUAUGUCAUUGGAUGAAUCUGAAAGUGUCCUUAUGGAAGGUGGCAAUCCGAUCACUAAAAUGGUUGCUUUUGGGAAUAUAUAGUAUCGUGAUAAUAUCGUAACCUUUGAUAAUCAGCACUUGCCUGUGCAUAACAGGAUGCAGCCAUUUAAUGGCGCUCUGAUCUUUUGAUAGAACUUUAUCGAAUAGUGCAUUUGCCUGAUUGUUGAUGCAGAAGCAUGCGUUCGUGCGAGGUAAUGCAAGUUGCACAAACUGGUCAAUUUAUAUGUAAUUUCUUCCCUUUUUUUUCUUAACCAACAUCAAUAAAAACUGCGCACGCCUACCCAAUUUUUUGCUAAUUGUAAAACAUUUAGCUACUCGUUCCUUUUAUUUGUUUCGCUAAUGCAGAAUGAUGCUUUCGGAAAUGUUUGUAAGCCCUUAAUGAAAGAGAAUGAAAGUCAUUUUAAAGCUAAAAUGAUCGACUUUAAAAAAACAAAACACUAAAUGCUUUUUUCCCGCCACAAAUCAAAGCGUUUAACGUAUUAAUUCCUUUGUUAUUCAAAUUACUGACAAAAAAAAGGGACGUGAGCAAGAACAAGUUCAAUUGUUGAAAUUUUGACACCAUCCAACGUAGGCAACGUUGUCUGAUGAGGGCUAAGCCGGAAAAGUGUGUAUUUCAGGAUAUUUUUUGGGGGAGGGCUACAACUCGGACACUUGGAAUCCCAGACCUUUUGUUAGCAUUUGGGCUGCUUUUCAUUUUGUUGCUUGGUUUUAUGACUCCAGUUAUGAUGUCUUGUUAAUAGAUGCUUGUAAUAAAAUUGGAAUUAUCA